AUGGGUUCACAGCAACAGACGCUCUCUGAGCUGUCAAAGGUUCUCCCUCUGGAUGAAGACUCACUCAAGCAAAUCAUAACAUACACCGAGACGCUCUCUGAUGCGGAGGCUGCUGAACACCUAAGAAACCUACUCGGCGACUCGCCACAGGCCCUUGACUUCAUCACAUCUUUCACGACGCAGCGGCGGGCGCCAGCCAAUGCAACGUCUACACAAACGAAUAAUGGCAAGGCUGAUGAUAAGGCGAUCCUCCAAGGGAACGGAAGUAAUGUCUCAGGAGAAAAGAAUGCUGCUAGUAAUGGUCAACCACCAGCUUACGAUCCACCGGCGUAUCCUCCACCCUCAGCCAGUACAAGCAAGACAUCUCAGCCUGCGAGCGACGUCAAACGUUCAUCAGGAGGGACUGGUAACAGUGGUGGCCAUGCGCCAGCUUUUGCGCCACCAGCGUAUCCACCGCCUACGGCGAGCGCAAGCAACGCGCUUCGUCGACCUCAUACCAACAAAGUCAUUGAAGCUGCGCAUAUCCGUGCAAGAGACGAGCAAGAGAUGCAAACCGCGCUGCAGAAUCUUCAAUUCAAGUAUCGAAUCUAUAAUAGUGAGAUCGAGCCCGAACACGAGUAUGAUGGUUACUGCAAUUGCCCGAUCCACCAAUACCAGAGAAUGAAGUGGAGUCGGUACAGAGUCCAAGAAUUCUGGUCGCAAGCGGUCAUGUAUCCAGGAGAGAAAUCCUACAAUGACAACGCUCAAUCAGCCGGUUUGUACGGCGUGUUCAGUGGCAAUCCUUACACGGGCACCGUAAUCUCGCCUUACGGCAGGUUCCAGUCCUCUUGGUCAUCCCAGAGACCUCGACCGGACUGCCACGCAGCGUCCAUCCACCAGACCAUUGAUCUCAACAAUAGACUGAACGCUGAAGCUCAGAGAAAGAUCGAUGCAAAGGAGCCAAAGAUCAACAUCUGGGACGACAGCGGGCUAAGCACAAUGAUGUCUGACAUGGCAAUCGCUGGGGCUGGCGACAAGAAGCAGCCGAUGGAGAAGGCGCCGACAGAGAAGCCAAAUGCAGAGAAACGGCAGAGCAUUAGUGCUGCUCCCAGCGAUGGUGGGGCGGAGAAAAUUCCCAAGAAAUCCAAGCUUGCAAGCUUCAGGAAGUCUGUUGGUCUCAAAACAUCUGAGGAAAAGGCGUUGUCAAAUGCAACAAAGGCGGUCUCUUCGGGCAUUGCAUUGCGCAAUGAGAUUCUAGCAGAGGAAAACGGUAGAUGGCCAGAUGAGCAGUGGCGUCAGCUUGUGGCCAGCUACCAGGAGAAGGUGGGCAUGACGCAGAAGAUAGCUGACCUUCGAGUGCGACACCCCAUCCAGUAUCUACACCUGCUCCGUGCCGGAUACUUUGAGCCUAUUCCAGUAGCCUGGGCCAAUCUCGCGUCGAAUCCCUUGAAAUUCACCAUCGAAGCUGCAGCUGGAUGGAGGGGAAUCACUCCCGCCUGGAGAGGAUACGAGGAUACUGCAGAGGAGCGCCUAUACUGGGUUUUGAACCACAGAGAAGGGAGUGUCGGGAUGAGGAUGAAGCCUGACUUCAUAUCGGAGAUGAACAUGGCUCGUGCCAGAAUGGCUUCAGCCGUGGAGCCGCCGCCCGAGUACUUUGCUGCCAACGAUACCUGUCAUCUUCAGCAUACGUCAGCCGGCUACUCGAAACAAGUCAUGCCCACGCCUUUCGUAGCCUACGAUCGGCCAGAAGUGCCUACAGACGAUACCAUGAUCCUCUUGGACGUCUCUGGUUCCAUGGACUUUGACCCUGUGCGGCCAAACUACAAUCAGUACCUGAUCACUGGUUAUUCCCCUUCGACACAGCCAAAGAACCAAUACGUUGCCAAAGCCAUCAUUCGUCGCUUCACUGAUGCAAUGGCCAACCAUGACCACGAGUUCCGAGGCUACGAUAUGGUCACUUUCUCCAACCGGGCAACCUACAUCGGCACGAUUAACCACCAGAAUCUCGAUCAUAUGUGGAGAAACGUCAGACUCGGCGGCGGAACCCGCGUCAUGACGGGCUGGCAGAAAGUCAAGGAACUCCAUUUCCAGAAGCAUUCGGCGUCCGCCAUCCACCACCCUAUCUACGGAUGGCAGGCCGGCCCCGAAACUCCCAUGUUGAGGUUGCUGCUCCUGCUUGAUGGCGAAGCUACCGACAUGGAUGAGUUCGAAUUGGACUUGCUCGGGCUGGCUUGGGCUCACGUCACUAUUUUCCUGAUCGGAGUGGAUGGAUGUCCCCACCACCACCGGCAUGCGAAUGAGUUGCAGCGUAUUAGUGACGUCAACCACCACGUGUCGUUUGUCGAUGCGCAGGGGAACACCCCUGAGCGCUUCGUCACGCACGAGCUGCUCAAACGACAUCUCGGCUACCAGAUAUCGAUGUCGGAGUUUGAGGAGAUGGAGGAACUGCCGAGCUACUCGGAAACUUAG